GCUCCCGGGGCUGCUGCCGUGGCCUUCGGGUCGUGCUCCCGUUUCCCCCCCCCGGUGCUGCCGCUUCGUCCCCGCUCUCUCUUCUCCGCCCCGGGGGACGCGGCCGGCGCGGCUGCCGCAGCGCGAUGAGGGUGCGCGGCCGGGGCCGUGCCGCAGGUACCCGGGGCCCGGUGUGUGCCGGGGAUGAAGCGAGUCCUGGUUCGGCCGUGAGGGAGAAGCGGUCCUGCCUCUGCCCGCUGUAGCGAGCACUGAAGUACUGCGGAGCCGGCUGUCAUGGAGGGAACCAGGCAAACCAGGAUCUGUCGUCCACACAAGAUAAGCGAGUCUUCAAAGGUAUACAGGUGGGAUGACCACUCCAGUCUGGUUCUUCAGAGCCUGAAUGAGCAGAGGCACCGAGGCCUCUUCUGUGACAUUGUCCUUGUGGUGGAUGAACAGAGAGUCCCUGCUCAUCGGAACCUCCUCGCAGUUUGCAGCGACUACUUCAACUCUAUGUUCACCAUUGGUAUGAGAGAAGCCUACCAAAAAGAGGUAGAACUUUUUGGAGCCUCUUACAUUGGACUUAAGGCUGUGGUAGAUUUCCUUUAUGGCAGUGAGCUGUCUUUAGAUGGAGGCAAUAUCGACUAUGUGCUUGAAACAGCUCACCUGCUGCAGAUCUGGAAGGUGGUUGACUUCUGCUGUGAGUACCUGGAGAAUGAAGUCAGUGAGGAGAACUAUUUGUACCUGCAAGAGCUGGCCUCUAUUUACAACCUGAAGCGCCUUGACUCCUACAUUGACUCUUUCAUCCUGAACAACUUUGGCACAUUGUCUUUCACUCCGGACUUCCUGCAAAACAUUUCCUUGCAGAAGUUGUGCCAAUACCUGAACAGCAGCAAUGUGCAGCAGGAGUGUGAGCACGACUUGCUGCAGGCUGCCUUGCAGUGGCUUACCCAGUACCCGGAAAGGGAGAAUGAGGCUUACCAGGUUCUGGAUAACAUUCAUUUUCCUUUGAUACCUAAAAGUGAUCUCCUCCACCGAGUCAAGCCUGCUGUUUGCUCUCUUCUUCCCAAAGAAGCAAACUGUGAGGGGUUCAUAGAAGAGGCAGUGCACUAUCACAACAACGUCACAGCUCAGCCAGUGCUGCAGAACAAGCGGACAGCCCUGAGGACCUGCGAGGAGAGGCUCCUCUUUGUAGGUGGGGAGGUUUCAGAGCGCUGCCUGGAACUGAGUGAUGAUACCUGCUUCCUGGACACCAAAAAGGGGCAGUGGGUAGCAGAGACCCCUCUCCCAGCCAGACGAAGUCACCACUGUGUCGCAGUCUUGGGAGGCUUCAUCUUCAUAGCUGGAGGCAGCUUUUCAAGAGACAAUGGAGGGGAUGCAGCUUCAAAUCUGCUAUAUAGGUAUGAUCCCCGCUGUAACCAGUGGAUAAAGGUUGCCUCCAUGAGACAGCGCCGUGUAGAUUUCUACCUUGGAGCUGUUACUGACAUGCUGGUAGCUGUUGGUGGCAGGAACGAAAAUGGAGCUCUUUCUUCAGUUGAGACUUACAGUCCUCAGAAGGAUUCAUGGUCCUACAUAGCAGGCUUGCCCAGGUUUACCUACGGCCAUGCUGGAACAGUCUUCAAGGAAUUUGUCUACAUUUCAGGAGGCCAUGAUUACCAAAUUGGCCCCUACAGAAAAAACCUGCUGUGUUAUGACUACCGCACGGAUGUCUGGGAGGAGAAGAGGCCAAUGAUUGUUGCCCGAGGGUGGCACAGCAUGUGCACCUUACAGGACCACAUCUACUCCAUCGGUGGCAGCGAUGACAACAUAGAAACCAUGGCUCGCUUUGACAUUCUGAGUGUGGAGUCCUACAGCCCUCAGUGUAACCAGUGGACCAGAGUUGCUCCUCUCCUGCAAGCAAACAGUGAGUCAGGGGUGGCAGUUUGGGAAGGAAAGAUUUACAUCCUCGGAGGCUACAGCUGGGAAGAAACGGUCUUCUCCAAAACGGUCCAGGUUUAUGAUAAGGAGAAAAAUAAGUGGUACAAAGGAACUGACUUACCCAAAGCAAUUGCUGGUGUGUCUGCAUGUGUCUGUGCGUUGAAACCGAAAACAGAGGAAAAGAAGAAAAAGACAAAAACAAGAAAACAUCAAGAUCGAGAAAGAUGACUACUCCUGGAUAACCACCCUUUGAUGGUGGGCUCCAAAAGGACCUCGUAUUAAAUAAUUUCUAUCUAACCUUGAUUCUUUUUGAGUGUGGGGGGGAUAUUCUGAAGCCUCAUAAAAUGUACAGUUGAAUGUGGUUUUGGGAAUUAAGCUCAUGGUUAAGGCAAAAACGACGAAAGAAACAAAAAAACACCCCAGCCCUUCAACGCUAUAAGGGGUGAGAUGGCAAGAGGUUGUGCUGCUCUCCUGAAUGUUAAGGCUCAGUUUUUUACCUCUUGGCUCGUGGCAUUUCCAUGUAAGUUGUAUAAUGUCAGUGUUUUCAAAAUUAGGUUUAAUCUGUGGCUAAAUUGAUAACAUCAAGGGAGAGGAAGGAGGCAGAGUACUGAGCGUCUGGUUUGAAGUUACAGAGCAGUUCAAAGGGAUUUAGAAACAGCUGCUAAGAGAAAAUUAAAUGGAUCUUCACUGUUGUAAAUCUUGAUUUUUAUUCUUUUUUUGUAACGUUAUAUUUCAUUUACAGUAUGUUCUUGAGUUGUAAGUAUCAGAUUUCUGGAACACAUGUGUGUUUAAAGAGGAUAUUGCUUUUGCUGGACGUAGGUCAGAUCAGCUUGAAGAGCAAAUAACUCCACCGUACUCUUUAAGAUUAAGAUCUUUCUAUGUAGCUGAAGAAUAGAUAGGAUUGACUGGGAAUUGGAUAGACAGCAUUAUGACUUUGAAAUCUGGGAGAGAUGACUUUUUCAUCCCUUGUUGUGGCACUUUUCAUCUCUAAACAAGUUUUUCUUGGGCUUUAAACAGUGUCCCAGAUUUGAGAAUUUGGAUGGAAACUGCACAAUUUGCCUCAGGCUUUAAAGCAGGUGGAGCUCAUAGAGCCCACUGCAAGUUUGACAUUUGCCGAAUAGGGUAACUGCAGGAGGAUCCCUCAGGUGGACUUGAAGUGGGAAGAUAUCCCUGCCUAGUCCUAACAGGAUGUAGAAGCUGGGAUCCACCUCACUAAGUCAAGGCUCACUGCAGUCAUGACUAGUAGCCAGUGCGAGCAGGGACCUAUACUAGACUUUGCUGUCAAAAAGCUUAUUAACCAAGAAUGAUUAACUAGGGUUUGGUAAUCCUGAAGGAUAGCAACUUGUUUUUUUUACCUGAGCUGAUAGCUCAUGCUUUCCUCCUUUAAGUUCAAAAUGUCUUUCCUUGAGAGUAGCCUUUCUUCAUGGGUUUGGUGGGGACUCACCAGCUGUGCAGCCAGACACCUUCCCUAGCAAGACAGGUUCAGAAGGCAGAAACCCAAAAUAUAUUUGGGCCUGUGUUUGGGGUCCAGACAUUGGGACUGAACUGACAGUCGUCUGUGAGACCCUUUGUGUCACAGUAUCCUCUGCAUACCAAGUAGAGAGAUUUCCGACCCAAGUGUUAGUCUACCCUCUACAAACACAGCUGAUUCUGCUGCAGAUACUAAAAUUCCCCGACUGUCUGGGCAGCUUUCAGGCAUUCACCCUGAGGCAUUUCACAAAUGCACCUCUGAUUCACAAGAAGUCAAUCACCAGCAAUCUGAUACAGCCACUUCAGUUAUUGUAAUAAUGCCGCAGACUAAAUAUUCCUCCUUCCCAAGAGAAGAACUUUAUAGGCAGUUUUUAAAAACAAUUUUUAUACUUUUUUAUACCACAUUUUGCUAACUCAGUCUCCUGUUUGCCAUAUAUUGUUAUUUACUGUAGAAGCUACUGCUCUGUAAUCGUGGCCCUGCUGUUGCCAUCAGGAGCUCAUCAUUUGAUGGCCCUGUUGGUCUUUGUAUGGUUGCUUGGGAUGCGGUGCAGCUGUUGGAGCAGCAUUUAUAUUCUCAGCAUUGUCGGGCAGUCCGCUGUAAUUGUGACUAUUGUACAGGCUCUUCCCCAUAGCCCAGCUCGCCAGACGUGCUGAUAAACAUGCAUUAUUUGCAACUAGUGGGGAUCUGCAGGGACUUUGGUUUAAAGUCCUGCUGGGGAACUGUUGAUUGUUGCUGGUUUUCUUCCUUGAUCCUUCUUUCAUGUCUCCCUCGUGCACCAUAACUCUGUAUUUAAGAUUUGCCUUCUUUAUUUGCAUGUGGUGUACAUACAACUGAUAUCCCGCUACCCUCCUUUUUUAUUAUUUAACUAUUUACCUCAAUAAUUGGAAAACACUAAGAAAACAUUUCUGCACUUAAUCACAUUUGAAGCUCUUGUAAAUUGAAGAACUCUCACAUAGAAUCAUAGAAUAGUUAGGGUUGGAAAGGACCUUAAGAUCAUCUAGUUCCAACCCCCUUGCAAUGGGCAGGGACACCUUACACUAAACCAUAUCACCCAAGGCUUCAUCCAGCC